UUUCGCAAAAUGCUGUGUAUAAAUAGUGUCGUAAGGUCUGGUUUCAAAACAGAAUCAAAUUUGGAUUAAUCUCAUAGACACGCAUCGUCAGGGAGCAUCUUUUAAUAUGAAAUUCUUUGUUAUUGCCUUUGCUGUGAUCGCAGCUGCUGCGGCUACAUCCAUCUCUUCGGAGUACCUGCCACCUGUCGACAAUAACCUCGAAGUCGUCGCUGAGCCCAUCGAUCUACCCGUCGAUCAGGGAGCUCUAACUGAUGAGGGCUACCGUUACAAGACCGUCCGCCGCCUGAAGUACCGUCACCGUCGUGAUGUCAGCGAGCUGCCCUCCGCCGAGUACCUGCCCCCUGUUGCUGAGGUUGCCCAGGACAUCAGCAUUGCUGCUCCCAUCGAAUCCGCUCCUCUGGCUGAUGAUGGCUACCGUUACAAGACCGUCCGCCGCCUGAAGUACCGUCACCGUCGUGAUGUCAGCGAGCUGCCCUCCGCCGAGUACCUGCCCCCUGUUGCUGAGGUUGCCCAGGACAUCAGCAUUGCUGCUCCCAUCGAAUCCGCUCCUCUGGCUGAUGAUGGCUACCGUUACAAGACCCUGCCCUCCGCCGAGUACCUGCCCCCUGUUGCUGAGGUUGCCCAGGACAUCAGCAUUGCUGCUCCCAUCGAAUCCGCUCCUCUGGCCGAUGAUGGCUACCGUUACAAGACCGUCCGUCGCCUGAAGUACCGCAAGCGUCGUGAUGUCUCCGAGAUUGUCAACGAAUACCUGCCCCCUGUUGAGCAGGCCGUGAUCGAUGUGCCCGCCGAGACUCCCAUCCUUGCCAAUGAUGGUUACCGCUACAAGACUGUCCGUCGUGUUAUCCGUCGCCACUAAAGAUACCCUCCCAACGAAAUACAGGAACUGAGGUUGCCAACUAAAAACCAGGCUAUGGCAAUCUCAAAUGAAGUUAACAUAAGUGUAUUAGUCAAUGAGAACGAAUAAUUCGAGUACAAAAACAAGAAACAAUAAACAUGUAAAAAAAA